UUUUCCUAAUUUUAUUAAACUUUGAAGUCUAGAAAGGUAUGGACGAACGUGAGAUAGAAAAAGUAUUUUACUUUGUUGAUGAAGAAAACAAGGGUUUUCUGGACAAAACUGAGUUAAAAAUAGCAUAUUUAUGUCUAUUUGGCUUUAAAAUAUCUUCAAUUGAAAUAAAAGAAGUUUUACGGAAAUGUGGAAGCGAGUUAAAAAAUGGAAAACACAAGCACUAUGGUUUAAACAAGAUUGAUUUUGUUACGCUUAUGACAAAUCGAUUCAAGUCAAUAGAUGAAGAUGAACAAAUACGAGAAAUAUUCAAUUAUUUUGAUGCAAGGUGCAAAGGCUUUAUUGACUUCAAAGAUUUUAAAAGAGCUGUUAAUAUGAAGCUGAAACAUUUUGAUGAUAACAAACUUAUAAGAUGUUUUCGUGAGUUAGACAGAAAUAUUGAUGGAAGAGUAAGUUUUGCAGACUUUCAGUUGAUGAUGAGAACAAAGAUUUAACAAACUGCAAAGGGUUUGAAAUUAUAUGUCAGAAGUGAUCUGCAGAAUUAAAACUAUAUAUGUAACUAUAAAAUAGUUUUUAGCCUAAACAUCUAUAAAUUUCAAGACUUGAACAUCACCCUAUUCCGUUAUAAAUUUUUAAAAAAAACUUUCUUUUGAAGCCACGCCAUAUUUUGUUAUGAUUUUUGAAUUUUACACUUAGUAGGCAAAAUUGAUCUGUGAUUCCUAACCUGGUAAUUUAAACACUGAAUGAUGCGUGAUUUUACGUUGUGUGUAAUGAUUUCUAUUAAUGUAUGUAUAAAUAUAUGUAGAGUGAAUAUUCUUGAGUAUUUUAAGCACCAAACAGUACUAACGUUGAUGUGUAAGAUUUACUUCACAUUUUUUUGCAAAGAUUCCCAAUUUUUUGAGCAGUGCAGCCCCUAAAAUAGUCAUUUUGAUCUUCAACUUU